AUGAUAGAAGCGCUGGUUAAAGAAUGUCCCAAACCUAUUUUACCAGAAAUUUUAGAUUACUUGGGUAAAGUAUAUAACGGUUUGAAGGAUAAGCUUCUAGUCAAAUUUGCAUCGAAUUAUUCCUCCAAGGAGAAAAAAGUAAUUUGGGAAAAUGUUACGGAAUUUUAUAAUGAUAUUUUAUUCCCUUUGAUUGAGGCCGUCAAUCGAAUAAGUAAAUCUAAUGAACAACCUCAACCUAACUCAUUAAAUUUCGCAAUCAAUAGACAUUUUAGUGAGAACACAAAAAAAUCUUAUUGGCCCGAUCCAAGAUAUGAAAUAAAUUUUAUUGAGGCCAAAGACCCCGAUGAUGUGGCAACAAUAUGUUGUAAGGUUGCGUCGAUGACGAUUCCACAUGCAUUGACUGAUUCCGGUUCUAAUGACUCACUUAUUUCUGACGAUAUUGCAGAAGACAUGGGACUUAAAAUAGAUACAUCAAAUAUUCCAUGCAUUACUGGUGUUGCGAGCAAGGCUAACGUUUUAGGAACAUCAUAUAAUGUACCCGUGUCUAUUAGCGACGGAAUAAAUACAAUUUCGGUAAAUGAAAACUUUUCAAUUGUUAAAGCUGAAAAAAAUAGAAAUGGAGAUUGCAAGUCUCUAGUUCUAUUUGGCAACCCUUUACUCAACAAGCUUGGAUGGGAACCUAUUGUUAAUCGAGAGUUUAAGGCGACCCGCAAUGGUGUGCAUGUUACAAUUCCUCUUUCGGUACAUAAAUCCCAGCGUGAGGUUUUUACAGCAGAAAAAUUGGAAAAUAUUUCAGUGGUACCACCGCAGAAGGCUUUCAUCAAUGAUUUAGAAUUGAAACGACAUAAAUGUCGAUUGUCGAGUCAAUGUCGAGUCAUGUCGAGUUGA